ACCGAAUUCUAAGGGAGAUAACUUGUUGAUCAUUAAUCUUGACACAAUCAGAUUUGAGAUGAAAACAUCGAUUUGUGGCGAUGGAUGUUGCUGCUGGGUGCUUAAAUGAGAUCAUCCGACACCUUGAGGAUCCCACCGUCCUCUCAGACCAAACAGCAUGUCGGAAUCUCUUAGCCAAGGUGAUGAAUUUGAUCAGCCGAGGAAUCGAUGUCACCAGCCUGUCACCUCAUAUUGCUAAACUUCUUGCCCAUCAUGACCCUCUGGUCAAAAAAUUUGCUUGUGAAUUUGUGUGUGUCCAAAUUGAGAAGAGUUCCGACUUGGUGUUGUUGGUCAUCAACUCGCUUCUUCGGGAUUGUAAAGACAGCUCGCCAAUGACCCGUGGUCUUUCACUUCGUACUCUCUGUUCAUUACGACAGGAAUCGGCAAGUGAACAUAUCUUGCAGGCCAUACAGAAUGGCCUCAACGACCACAGUUCCUAUGUGCGGCGUAUUGCUGCUCUGUCAAGUAUCCGACUACAUCACCUUAAUCCAGAGUCUAUCUUAGAUACAGGGAUUAUCGAUAAACUGUACAGUCUAAUCCGAGAUCCAGAUCCAAUUGUUGUUGUAAAUUGUCUCAUGGCAUUGGAAGAAAUUCUCAAAGACGAAGGUGGAGUCGUCAUCAACCAAAAAAUGUCGUAUCACUUACUUAUAACAUUACCAAAAUUUACCAAUUGGGGUCGAACGUAUGUUUUGUCCCUCCUGAAGAAAUACGUGCCUAAAAGUGAAGACGAAGUGUUCAACAUUCUUAAUAUAUUGGACGACUAUUUAAAGGAAACGACAUAUUCUGUGUUCAUGAGUAGUUUGGAACUUUUCUUACAUCUGAUAACGGCAAUGCCACACCUCAAGAAUGAAGUCCUGAACCAAUGCAAAGAAAUGUUUGUCAGUGGCCUGAAUUCAGGUAACAUUGAACUCACGUAUUCCAUCAUUCUCUUCAUUGAAAACUUCUUGGACAGUUCCAAAAGUAUAUUUUCACAAUAUCACAAGGCUUUCUUCUGUCGUUUCAAGGAACCUCCUUAUUUAAAAAUGCGAAAAAUUGAGAUUCUGCCUUCAUUGGUGACAAGUACAAAUUUCCCUGAAAUUCUUGAUGAACUGCGAAUGUAUUGCUCCGAGGUUUCCUCCAACGUUUCCUUCUGUGCAAUGAAAGCAAUUGGUAAAAUAGCCAAACAAGACUCGCUUUAUUUUGAAUACUGCAUCAAGAAACUUGAAGAAUUGCUGGAGAUUCCUGAACAAAGUGUUCAAGCAAAUGUCUUUCAAGUUCUUGAGUUGCUAGAUUUGACGUCCUACGUCCACCUUGAAAACCUUAUGAGAUCAAUUUGUUCAAGAGAGAACUUAAACCCAGCUAAUGAGAAUGGCUGUUGUGCAAACUUGUUUCUACUUGGAGAAUACGGUUACAUGUUAGAGUCUAGUCCUUACGCUAUCCAAGAAUUUAUAGAGAAUUACAUCGAAGAAUGUACGGACACUAUGAAAGCUUACCUGCUGACUGCUGUAAUGAAACUGUUCCUCACGCGCCCCGCUGAGUGCCAGCACAUGCUUGGAGGAUUGCUGGAGAUUUGCUCCGUUUCAAGGAACAAAGAUCUCAAUAGCAAGGCUUUAUAUUAUUAUAAUCUUCUGAAGCAAGGACCUGAAAAUGCAAAGAGAAUUGUUUUGAAUAAAAAAUCGUAAUUAAUGUUAAA